AAGAUCAAGCAGUGUUCCGUCUAAUGGGCAAUAACUCACUUGGCAUAGCGACAUUGGAUUUUAACGAAAUGGCAUUUAAUUCAGCAACAUUAGGAGUACAUGUUCGAAGAAAAUGCAAUGAUGAUUUCUAGAAACUGAAAUGGAAUAUUUUGCAAGUUAAGACAUAAUUGAGCAAAUGUUCUGAGAACACGUACUUAGUAGUACUAUACUAUGCUAGUAAAUAUUCAGUGAAGAUAGAUUAACCAUCUAUUACCUAUAAAUCACUUAUGAUUGGAAUUUGCUGAGUUCUAGACCAGGUGUUAACUACUCACUGGGUAGGCUACAGUCACUAGGUACGGGAUAACCCGAUGGUAAUAUGUGUGUAAAUAUACAGGAUGUAGUGUAAACGAUGAGACUCUGAGACAAUUACGAUUACUAGCGUAACAAAUAGGACUAAACACAUUUAUAUUAAACCACAACCCAGGUUAACAUGCCAGAUGUUUAUCACAAUCGGUAUCUCAGACAUGCAUGAGGAAAUUACAUGUACACUUUGCAGAAAUUGGUGAAUCUAUUGCAGAGAUAGGGAAAUAUAAAAAAAGUCAUGAAACGGUGAUCAAAUUCUAAGGUAGUAGAUAUUGAAUAGAUUGUAAUAGUUGAUGGUCUAUAGGUCAUGUGUUAUAUUAAUGGAUGUUACAAUGAAUGUAAUAUUGCUACUCGUUAUGGGAUUAAAGAUGGUUAGGAUUACUACUCAACUCGAAAGUUCAUGUGGAUCACCUCCCUGUGGUUUAGGAUCUCUAAGGAACUCUCCAUUAGAGCCCCUGCUGUCAAAUUAUGACAAUCUGAUGUUGCCAAACUUCCAAACUAGUGAGGUGACAAAUGUCACGUGUAACGUCUACGUCAACAGUUUCGACUCCAUUAACGUUGAAACGAUGGACUUCCAAAUCAAUGUAUAUCUUCGUCAGUCAUGGGUUGACAAAAGACUUUCCUUCAACGAUAGCCUGUCGAGUAAAGAGAGAAUUAGUGUAGAUAAUAAAAUGGCUCAUUGUAUAUGGCUUCCGGAUACAUUCUUUCCAAAUGAGAAGUACUCGCAUCAGCAUUGCGAUACAGUUCCCAAUAGAGCCCUACGAAUACAUCGCAACGGGAGCGUCCAUCUUAGUCUAAGAUUGUCCCUGAGAUUGUCGUGUCCGAUGUCGUUAGAGAAAUUCCCAUUUGAUAGACAAGUCUGCUACAUGAAGAUGGAGAGUUAUGGCUAUACAUCUGAUCAGAUCAACAUUAGGUGGACUCCAAAGAAUGCUGUACAAGUGAAUGAAGAAUUGGAGCUUCCACAGUUCACGUUUGAGGACUAUACAACAGGGACAUGCGAGAGCUCAUACAUAACCGGCAAAUAUUCAUGUAUCCAAAUUGCGUUCAUCCUUCGACGGCAGUUUGGUUAUUACAUGGUGCAGAACUACUUACCGGGUAGCCUCAUCGUUUUACUCUCUUGGGUGUCUUUCUGGAUUAACAUCGAUUCUAUCCCCGCCAGGAUCUCAUUGGGUGUCCUUACGGCACUCACUAUUACCACGCAAAGUGUAGGGGUGUGGAUGUCUCUUCCAAGAGUAUCUUACGUUAAAGCUAUUGACAUUUGGAUGUCGGCCUGUGUGAUAUUUGUGUUUAGCGCCAGUUUGGAAUUUGCCCUAGUGAACACAAUGUCGCGAAAGGAGAUACGGCGAAUGAGUAUACGCAUGAGAAGUCAAUCUAACGAUAAAGACGUGCCAACCGACUCUAUAAAAAGAAUGGCUGACGAGCAUGCCUAUGGAAUUACAAAACAUUAUGACCCUCACAGCAGACAACUUGCUAGGAAGGUGGACAAAAUAAGUAGACGACUGUUCCCGAUUGUGUACAUAAUUUUUAACAUUGUGUACUGGUGUUACUACUUAGUUUCAUCAUGAUGGCAUGAUUGUGUCUGACAUCACUUCUUGGCGUCAUUAAGAGCGCGUCUGGUGAUACAUUUUCCACAAUAAAUGUGUCUGAUGUCACGUUUUGACAUCAUUGUGGACGUGUCUGGUGUCAGUUCUUGUCACCAUCAUCAUUUCUACUUUUUUAUUAAUAUGUUGUAAAUCAACCAUUGACACUUUAGGAAUUAACAUUGUAUGUUAAACAUCAACAUUAACAUUGAGAACAAAAUUGUGGAAUUUUAUCUCUGGCAUACCGAAACAGAGCUUCCGUAUAAGAAUACAAUUGCAAGUGUAUAUUAAGUACAUCGCUGACAAUCAUAUUGUAUUUUUACAAAAUAAAGCUUAUUGUGUUUUCAUUGCAAAAGAUUCAAGUUCAGACCAUUCUGAUCUUUUUGCAUCUUUGCACAAUUGGCAUAUUUUUGUAAGCUAAAUCUCAUCUUUUUGUAGCAUGCCAAAUUUUACCACAUAUG